AUGUAUUUGAGUUCACAUCCUGUAUUACAAGUCUUUGCCAUGUUGAUUAAUGGACAAGAACAAAAAGUAAUCUUUAUCACGAUGAGUCAUCUUCCAGGAGUAUUGUUCUUCUGGAAAGAUCCGGAAAGACCAAUUGAUAUGAUACUUCUCCAGUCAGAUCAGUCCAAGAGUUUUGGUAAAGAAGAGCAUUUAUGCUAUUGCUCAUUAACUCCUCAGCUCAUCAUAAAGACAUACCAACAGCAGAAAUUUAUCCAUACUGUCAACAUUUCUAUGUACCUGAUUGAAUGGCUUGUCUUUGAAAACCGGUUUUCUUUGAACAACAGUCAAUGUACACUAUGCCUAGUUCUGACAAAAGUACUGUCUUCUCUUACUAGUGAAAUACUGUAA